GAGGCUGGGAGCCAGGACUCCUGGGUUGGUGACUCUGGUGGACGUAUCCGCUCUCCAGCGUCUCCGUGCCUCGGUUUCCCCCUCUCUGCAUUGCUGGGGUGGGGGGCAGCCGCCCAUGUUGGUCUGUCCCGCAGAGGGGCCUUCUCGGAGGUGUUCCUGGCCGAGGAGCGGGGCUCCCACCGGCUGGUGGCCCUGAAAUGCAUCCCCAAGAAGGCGCUGCGGGGCAAGGAGGUGGCUGUGGAGAAUGAAAUCGCCGUGCUCCGGAAGGUCCAUCACGAGAACAUUGUGGCUUUGGAGAACAUCCACGAAACUCCCACGCACCUGUACCUGGCCAUGCAGCUGGUGACGGGGGGGGAGCUGUUUGACCGGAUCGUGGCGCGGGGGCACUACACGGAGCGGGACGCCAGCCGCCUCGUCCGGCAGGUGCUGGGCGCCGUGAGUUACCUGCACCAGCUGGGCGUCGUGCACCGGGACCUCAAGGUGAGGGGCGGGGCCGCCCCCGAGAACCUGCUCUACGCCAGCCCCCUCGAGGACGCCAAGAUCAUGAUCACGGAUUUCGGGCUCUCCAAGCUGGAGUCGGACGGGGUGAUGGCCACGGCCUGUGGGACCCCCGGCUACGUGGCCCCCGAGCUCCUGGAGCAGAAGCCCUACGGGAAAGCCGUGGAUUCCUGGGCGCUGGGCGUCAUCUCCUACAUCCUGCUGUGCGGUUACCCCCCCUUCUACGACGACAACGACUCCGAACUCUUCGCCCAGAUCCUCAAAGGGGAGUUCGAGUUCGACUCGCCCUAUUGGGACGAUAUCUCGGACUCGGCCAAGGAUUUCAUCCGGCAGCUGCUGCAGCGGGACCCCGAGACGCGCUACACGUGUGAACAGGCCCUGCAGCACCCGUGGAUCUCGGGGGACACGGCCCUGGACAAAAACAUUCACGGCUCCGUCAGCGAACAGAUCCAGAAAAACUUCGCCAGGACUCAGUGGAAGCGAGCUUUCAACGCCACGUCCUUCCUGCGCCACAUCAGCAAGGUGGGGCAGGGCCCCGAGGCCGACGAGCCGGCAGAGGAGGCGCCGGGGGGGCCGAGCGGGGACUGGUGACCCCAGAGGUGCUGGCAUCUGCAUGAGCCCAACUGCAUGAAGGACCAAACCCCAGACCCAGCCGCCCGCCAGUAGCCACCUCUGGGGCUGAGUAUCCUCCGACCACAGCCCCCCCCCCGCCUCUCCCAACUCACCCGCUGGGCCCCCCCCACCCCACUAGCUCAGGGGGCGACCAGAGAGAGCUGAG